UAGGCGCCGGGCGCCAGGCUCCCAAGAUUGGGUGGGUGGCCGCAGCCUACGGGUUCCGUCUGCACUCGGUCCUUGGGGCUCUCUGGACGCGAGAGGCGGACUCGGCUUCCUCGCUGCUGGUCGGGAAGCUCUCUGAAAAUUACCCCCAUCGGCGCGCGAGGAUAAAUAUGCGCGGCUUGUGAUUCCGUGCAGCUCUCUCGCUCCCAGCUGAUAGGGUGACGUUGGGUUUGGAGGCUUGGAGAUUGGCUUUUUGAUUUGGCUUCUUCCCGCAGCUUAAUGGGCAAAGCUCUCGGCUCGCCCAGAAACCAGACCCUCCGCGCGUCCCCUCCGCGCGACGAGGCCGAGACGAGUCCCGCGGUGACGGCGUGCAAGGCGGUGAGCCAGCGCGCUCCCAGCCCCGGGAAAGCCCCGGCGACGCGACUACAAGCCCUGGGCCCUCGGAGCCGCCAGGGCGCGCCUGGCCGCUCGCCUUCUUGCCCCUCCCGGCAGGGAUCCCCUCGCUGCCUGCGGCCGGGACUCCGAGCCUCUUCGGGGCUUAGUCCCGAGUCCGCCCCCGAGUCGGGGUUUUCCGGGGGGGUCUUCGGAGCGGUUCUCCCUGCUCCUUAAAACAGCGCCGAAGGACCUCUCCCCAGGCCCCCUGCUCUGGCCCCAGCCCUCGCACUCCGGAUGCGCUGCCCCGCAGCUCCCUGAAAGCCGCUAGCCCACCGGUGGGCGGCGGCGGCAGACUGACAUGCCCCGGACGCGGCUGCGGCCGGCGGGCAGCCUGCGGGGGCGAUGAGCCACUGCGGCCGGUGAGGAGCCCGGCGGCGGGGGCCUCGCGCACCUUCCUCAACCCCCUCACUUGCCCACCCCGCCCGGGAGAUCGAGAGGAAACGGUCUCUGGACUGUCAGGUGGACCAUUGGUGCUGCAGUGGAAGCCAGCGGCUAAGUCUUGUGUAUGGCGUGGUUAAGGUUGCAGCCUCUUACCUCUGCCUUCCUCCAUUUUGGGCUGAUUACCUUUGUGCUCUUCCUGAAUGGUCUUCGGGCAGAGGCUGGUGGCUCAGGGGAUGUGCCCAGCACAGGGCAGAACAAUGAGUCCUGUACAGGGUCGUCGGACUGCAAGGAGGGUGUCAUCCUGCCAAUCUGGUACCCGGAGAACCCUUCCCUUGGAGACAAGAUUGCCAGGGUCAUUGUCUAUUUUGUGGCCCUGAUAUACAUGUUUCUCGGGGUGUCCAUCAUUGCUGAUCGCUUCAUGGCAUCUAUUGAAGUCAUCACUUCUCAAGAGAGAGAGGUGACUAUCAAAAAGCCCAAUGGAGAGACCAGCACAACCACGAUUAGGGUCUGGAACGAAACUGUCUCCAAUCUGACCCUUAUGGCCCUGGGUUCCUCUGCUCCUGAGAUCCUCCUCUCUUUAAUUGAGGUGUGUGGUCAUGGGUUCAUUGCUGGUGAUCUGGGACCUUCUACCAUUGUAGGCAGCGCAGCCUUCAACAUGUUCAUUAUCAUUGGUAUCUGCGUCUACGUGAUCCCCGAUGGAGAGACUCGCAAGAUAAAGCACCUCCGAGUCUUCUUUGUCACUGCUGCUUGGAGCAUCUUUGCCUACAUCUGGCUCUAUAUGAUCCUGGCCGUCUUCUCUCCUGGUGUGGUCCAGGUUUGGGAAGGCCUCCUCACUCUCUUCUUCUUUCCAGUGUGUGUCCUUCUGGCCUGGGUGGCAGAUAGGCGACUGCUCUUCUACAAAUACAUGCACAAAAAGUACCGCACAGAUAAACACCGAGGAAUUAUCAUAGAGACAGAGGGUGGCCACCCCAAGGGCAUCGAGAUGGAUGGGAAAAUGAUGAAUUCCCACUUCCUAGAUGGGCAUCUGGUGCCCCUGGAAGGGAAGGAAGUGGAUGAGUCCCGCAGGGAGAUGAUCCGGAUUCUCAAGGAUCUGAAGCAAAAACACCCAGAGAAGGACUUAGAUCAGCUAGUAGAGAUGGCCAAUUACUAUGCUCUCUCCCAUCAACAGAAGAGCCGCGCCUUCUACCGGAUCCAGGCCACCCGUAUGAUGACUGGCGCAGGCAAUAUCCUGAAGAAGCACGCAGCAGAACAAGCCAAAAAGGCCUCUAGCAUGAGCGAGGUGCACACUGAUGAGCCGGAGGACUUUGUCUCCAAGGUCUUCUUUGACCCGUGCUCUUACCAGUGCCUGGAGAACUGUGGGGCUGUGCUCCUGACAGUGGUGAGGAAAGGGGGGGACAUGUCCAAGACCCUGUAUGUGGAUUACAAAACAGAGGAUGGUUCUGCCAAUGCGGGGGCUGACUAUGAGUUCACAGAGGGCACUGUGGUUCUGAAACCAGGAGAGACCCAGAAGGAGUUCUCUGUGGGCAUCAUCGAUGAUGACAUUUUUGAGGAGGAUGAACACUUCUUUGUGAGGUUGAGCAACGUUCGCAUAGAGGAGGAGCAGCCAGGGGAGGGGAUGCCUCCCAGAGUACUCAAUAGUCUUCCCUUGCCUCGGGCUGUCCUGGUGUCCCCUUGUGUGGCCACAGUCACCAUCUUGGAUGAUGAUCAUGCGGGUAUCUUCACUUUUGAAUGUGACACUGUUCAUGUCAGUGAAAGUAUUGGUGUCAUGGAGGUCAAGGUUCUGCGGACAUCAGGUGCCCGGGGCACAGUCAUCGUACCCUUUAGGACAGUAGAAGGGGCCGCCAAGGGUGGUGGUGAGGAUUUUGAAGACACAUAUGGGGAGAUGGAGUUCAAGAAUGAUGAAACUGUGAAAACCGUAAGGGUUAAAAUAGUAGAUGAGGAGGAAUACGAAAGGCAAGAGAAUUUCUUCAUUGUCCUUGGUGAACCGAAAUGGAUGGAACGUGGACUAUCAGCGCUCCUGUUGUCUCCAGAGGUGACAGACAGGAAGCUGACUGUGGAGGAAGAGGAAGCCAAGAGGAUAGCAGAAAUGGGAAAGCCAAUAUUGGGUGAACACCCCAAACUAGAGGUCAUCAUUGAAGAGUCCUAUGAAUUCAAGACUACCGUGGACAAGCUGAUCAGGAAGACAAACCUGGCCUUGGUUGUGGGGACCCAUUCCUGGAGGGACCAGUUCAUGGAGGCCAUCACUGUCAGUGCAGCAGGGGACGAAGACGAGGAUGAGUCAGGUGAGGAGAGGCUGCCCUCCUGCUUUGACUACGUCAUGCACUUCCUAACGGUCUUCUGGAAGGUGCUUUUUGCCUGCGUGCCCCCCACAGAGUACUGCCACGGCUGGGCCUGCUUUGUCGUCUCCAUUCUCAUCAUCGGCAUGCUCACAGCCAUCAUCGGGGACCUGGCCUCCCACUUCGGCUGCACCAUUGGCCUCAAGGACUCGGUCACGGCUGUUGUCUUUGUGGCGUUCGGCACCUCUGUGCCAGAUACGUUUGCCAGCAAAGCAGCCGCCGUCCAGGACGUGUACGCGGAUGCCUCCAUUGGCAAUGUCACGGGCAGCAACGCCGUCAACGUCUUCCUGGGCAUCGGCCUGGCCUGGUCCGUGGCCGCCAUCUACUGGGCCCUGCAGGGACAGGAGUUCCACGUGUCCGCGGGCACGCUGGCCUUCUCUGUCACCCUCUUCACCAUCUUCGCGUUUGUGUGCGUCAGCGUGCUCCUGUACCGCCGGCGGCCCCACCUGGGCGGGGAGCUGGGCGGCCCUCGUGGCUGCAAGCUGGCCACGACUUCGCUGUUUGUGAGCCUGUGGCUUCUCUACAUACUCUUCGCCACGCUGGAGGCCUACUGCUACAUCAAGGGGUUCUGAGCCGCAGCAGCCCUGGAGAGGCAGCGUCAGGACCCGAGCCCCAGGAACUUCCCCCGCCUAGGCCCUGGCAGUGAACUGAAAGGGCAGAGUCUUAAGCAAUCCAACAGAACGGAGGAGACACCCAUUUUACAAAGUAUUUAAUUCAAUACAAACCAACAAUGGCGACAAAUCCAACUCCAGCCCAUCUUCCCGCGAUGUCCCUGACCCAUCACAUAGUCAGACCCUUUUGCCACCUUCGAUACCACCUUCUUCUGAUUAUUCCUUUGCUUCUGCUUUCCUCGGGGGCAGGGCUUCUCCUGUCUGUCCAAUCUGAUACAUCACCAUUCUCUCACUCCACUGGCGAGGCUCGAAAGUGAGUCCUAUCCACGUGGCUGGCUUGGGGUUCCCUUUUCAUUGCCGUCAUUAUCGUGGUGGCUUUCAUUUUCCCAUCAGGCUUCGCUCAUCAUUUGUUUGUUCAUCUUGUCUUUUCUCUCUGAGGUUAGUGACAACGGUGCUGUGAAGGAACGCAGGGUCUGAGCCGAUGGGUAGAAGCACGAACUUUCAGACACACCCUUUCCCACUCGCACUGGGUAACAGCCGUCUCUUGCUCCAUCGAGGUCCUUUUCCCCCUCUCCUUUUAUUCUCUUCAUUCUUGAAUGGACUGGUGGCAUUUGGGUGGCAGUAAGUUUGCACACCCAGGCAGCGCGCUGAAGAACUGGGGCUGUGGCUGGAGCACAGCUUUCUAUCAAGCUUCUGUCGAAAUCCAGUUUAAAACAAGAAGUCAUUUUUCUCUUCCCUGCCCGAGCCUUUCCAAUUCUGUCUCGUUGUGUCAAUGUCUAUAUGUUUACCCUUCUGCAGGAAGACCCACCAAACGGGAGAUAGGGGACAAAAAUAGGAAUGGGAUGUGACGACAUAGGGCAGCUAGGGGAACAGAAGGGCUAUAUGCCUUCUAGAACAUCUUUGGCUUCAUAUCUGAGGCAGGAGAGAUGCGAUGUCCACCUAGUGAGAUCUUUAAGGGAAAAGAUUAUAUGUAAAAUGUCAGUGCUUCUGAGAAAUGUCAGCUUUACCACACCCUCACUUCCUAAUGCACCAGACUAAGAGCUCUGACUGUGUCUCUUGAUUUAAUGCAAAAACUUAGAGUUUUAUAAGAAAAUGAGGGCCUCCUUCCACCUCUCCUGGACUCUCUGGUCACAUUUGAAAGUAUUUUCACAAGACAGGAACUGGAAUUCCUCAUCUCUCCCACCUUCCUGCUUGUUUUUAAACCUCUUGAAGCUCUUUUUCCAGGCUGUGGGCUAUUUCUUGCCCCAGUAGGAGGAACCUAAGCUGCCGUAACCCCAUGGAGCCUGGGUUUAUAGAGAGAUUGGCGUGCCCUACAGACCUUUUCCCAACAAAUUUUGAAAGGACCUGGCUUUAAAACACAAACACACACGCACACAUUUACACACGUGCGUGCACACACACACAAAUAACCACACAUAUGAAAUCACCAAAAGACUGCCCACAGACCUUUAGGCUUUCUGCAUUGACAUAAAUACAUUUUUUAAGGGAAAAGAAGAAAUUAAAAAACACCUGUUUAAUUUUAAACACAUUUUUUAAGAAAAAAUAGCUGAAAAAGAAACAGUGUUCAUGUCAUAAGCUAUGUUGACAGUUGCCAGUGGAAAUGUUGGGUUGGUUUAAAAAAAAAAAAUAAAAGCUAUACUUAUAUCUCUCUAAAGACAGCUUGCUUCUCCCCAUGUUGCCUCAGGAAAAGGUCUAGGGGGUCACCUUGGGUUCCUUCUGGAGCUGAAGGGGUUGAGGUGAAAGUGUCUUCUCCUGUUUGUGUCUCCUAUUUGUGUCCGUCAGGUCCUCAGAUGCCAAUGUGCCAGACCCAGGAUUUUUAAAGCAAAAAAUGCUUCAGGACAAUGCGACCUGUCAAAGUCUGGACUUUAAGACGCUGGAGGACGUAAGAGGUGGAGCUGUGAUGAUUAAAGGGGAAAGAGCGUUUUGUAUUAGAAAGGCCUGGUAGGGCAAGAUUCCAGCUGGACAAACAGCGCCCUGUAUUAAUUCCCAAUAGGCACAUUCAUUCAUUCAUUUAUUCAUGACUCUUUCAGCAAAUGUGUUUUGAGCACCCUGUGUGCCUUGAGCUACAUUUUGGUGCUACCGUGAAGAGUAAGACAGAGUUCCUGACCUCAAGAAACUCACAGUCCAGAGAGGCCGGUAGAACUUCUUUUAACCAAGGCUCUUUUGGUUACAAGAAGAAGAAACCCAUUAAGCUAGUUCAAGAAAUGAAGGGGGCGGGGGCGAUACUGCGGAACCCAAGGCAGGAGCACGGCAGGCCACGGGGGCCUGAAAGCCCUCAGGAAGCAAGGCCACGUUCCACCUCCCCGAAACCGCAAGGUGUCCCCCAUCUUUCCUCCUUCUGCCUGUCAGGCCUGUCCACGUCCUCCCCCUCCCAACGUGCUCUUGCUUUGUUUGUCUUGCACGUGGCCGGCACUGCCACCAGCCCUGACACUCUGCCAUGACCUCACAGCUCUGUUCCCCACAACGAACUAGAGCGUCCCUUUUUAAAUCUGAGUGCGGGUUCAAUGGAGAAAAUGUGGCCAAUUUUCCAUCCCCAAAGGGCCAGUCCCCAAAGGCAGAACCCUUGUAGAAGGCCGUGUCAAAGGGGUUGGGGUGCCGCGGCCUGAUUACUUUGUGUCUUGUGUCCACUCCUGGUCCGAACAACUCAGGUAAGGAGAGGAGGGUGGCGACCACGUUGUACGUACUGUCACCCUUUCCGAAAGCUAAGUGACGGGAAGAAGGCUAUGAAGCACGUGAGCCAUCAAGGUGUGAAGAAAAAUUACGGUUCUGUGCCAUGAGUGGUCAAAGAAUGGCAUAGACAGGGCAUCACAGGGACAUGACAGAAAGAAACACUGACUCAGCCUGCAAGAAUUGAAGAAGGCUUCACAGAGAAUGGGACAGUUAGGUAGGAUCUUGAAGGGAGAAUAAGUAGUGAUUUAACUUGUUGAGGGGGCUUGGUGGUGAAGAACAUUCGAGAACAAACAGCAUGCUCGAAGGCACAGGGGCGAAUCAGGGGCUGGUGGGGUCAUGGGUUAACAAGAGUUGUCACGGCUAGAGGAUAGCGUCCCAAAGGACACAAAACAACACCAAAAAAGCAGUCCCGGAGAAGGACUUGGCUGGAAGAGUCAAUUUUUUGCCAGCCACACAGUUGAUCAUGAAAAACGCCCUUCAGCCGAUGAAACGGUAGACACAGAAUCAAGAAAUCGAUUCCGCCCCAUCUUUCCCCUUUUGUGGGUCAUUUCUGGGUUAUCCAGAUGUUAGGCUUUGUCAAGAGAGAAGCUGGGAUGAACCACAGAGAAUGAGGAAGAGGAAUCUGAGGACCCGGUACUAGUCGAGAUGCCACCCCUGACUCGUUCUGUGGACUUGAGCCAGGCCACCUCCUCUCAGCUUCCUGAACUACAAAUAAGGUUUUAAUAGAUGGCCUCUGAAGCCCAUUACUUCUACCUUUAACACUGAGAUUCUAGAAUAUAUAUACAA